AUGGUGAGGACAACGGACUGGAAUAGGGCAGUGCGCGGGGCAGUCCCGCGGCUCCGUCUCCUGCUACAGCGCUGUGUGGACCGAACAGACCCAGGGGCGCCCCUCGCUCCUGCCUCCGACCACCUCCAUCCAACCUGUGCUCCACUCGCAACCUUCGGAACCAGCCUCUCAGCUGUCCUCGGCCACCGGGACCGCCAACACCGUAUUUUGAGCUUCACCCCGUAUCACCGAUCCACCACGAGCUCCCAGAUUCGUCAGAAUGAUUCCGCCGAGGUGGAGGCCGCCGUCAACCGCCUGGUCAACAUGCAUCUGCCGGCCUCCCGCACCUACCUCUCUCUGGGCGCCUAUUUCCACCGCCACGACGCGGCUCUGGAGGGCCUGGGCCACCUUUUCCGCGAAGUGCCCGAGGGGAAGCGUGAGGGCGCCCAGCGCCUCUUGAAAAUGCAAAAGCAGGGCGGCAGCCGCGCCCUCUUCCAGGACGUGCAGAAGCGUCUCGGGGUGAGUGGGGUGAAACCCAGGACGCUGUGGAAGCCGUCGUGCUCGCGGAGGAGAACCUGA